GAAGGUAAACCAAAGAAUGUCCUAACACUCCAACUUUUAAAUUUCAACUCCAAUGCAACAUAGCAUACAGAGGAAACAACCUGCACCCAACAACAUGCACUGAAGCCAAGAAAACAGAAGCAGCAGCAGCAGCAGCAGCACUGUCAAAUCUCUGAAAUGUGUAGCACCUCUACAAAGUCAGUGUCACAUUAACGGAGUCGGUCAACACAUCCAGCAGCCACAAAGACAGUCAGUCAGUCUGACGGUCACAAAGGGAGCAGCUCGCGUCGGUCUGAAUGUGAGGUGAACUCAGCAGACAGGAAGAGAUGCGGAGAGUUCGGAGAAAAGGAGGGAACAAAGAGAAGGUGUUUGGAUGUGAUCUGCUGGAGCACCUGAACGCCUCCUCUCAAGAGAUACCUCUGGUCUUGCGAUGCUGCAGUGAGUUUGUUGAGAAACAUGGAAUCGUGGAUGGGAUCUACAGGUUGUCUGGAGUAUCGUCCAACAUACAGAAGCUAAGGGGGGAGUUUGAGAGCGAUGGGAGUCCAGAUCUGAACAAGGACCUGUACCUGCAGGACAUCCACUGUGUCAGCUCUUUGUGUAAAGCUUAUUUCAGAGAGCUGCCCAACCCUCUGCUCACAUACCAGCUAUAUGACAAGUUUGCUGAGGCCGUGGCCAUCCAGCUGGAGGAGGACAGGCUGGUAAAGAUCAGAGAUGUGCUGAAAGAACUUCCAAACCCACAUUACAGGACUCUCGAGUUUCUGAUGCGCCAUCUUGUCAGAAUGGCCUCAUAUAGCUCAGAGACCAACAUGCACUCCAGGAACUUGGCCAUUGUCUGGGCCCCCAAUCUGCUCAGGUCAAAGGACAUUGAGGCGUCUGGGUUUAAUGGUACCGCAGCCUUCAUGGAGGUCAGGGUUCAGUCCAUCGUGGUGGAGUUCAUCCUCACACACGUCCCUCAGCUGUUUCCCGAACAAGGUGUAUCAAAUGAGAGAAGGAAUUCCCUCCCCUCCCCGUCAGCAGCGUCCGGUCAGGAGGAAGGGUUUUUCAAAUCCGCUCCCAUUCAGCCCUUCCCCAACUUUGGUAAUAUCAGUCCAGGAGACGGUCCUCUAGCCAUAAGACCCUACCACGCCAUCAUUGAAGGCACAGACAAGAGGAAAGGAUCUCUCAAAGGCAGGAAGUGGAUGUCCAUCUUCAACAUUGGAGGACGAUUCCAAGACCCACGGCGGAGGCACAAACACUCAUCCAAAGAGAAAGACAGGCCAGCUUUGAGACCAGCCAGAAGCAUGGACUCCCUCAGCACCCAGGCGUUUCCAAAUGAAGGUUCCAGACGUCCUGCCCAGCGCCCUCCUUCCACCAGCAUCCCCACAGCAUCUCCCCUCGUCACUCCCAACCCCCAGUCAUGCUCGGAGGUCACGUCUUCCCCCGGUGCAAUAGGUGGCAGUGAAUAUGCAGUGACCUACCGCAGGGGAACAGGGUUAGUAAGCGGGGGCGCAGGGACCCAGGGCACCUACACUGCCCUUGACCCUGAAGGUUCAGGAGUCACAGGCAAUGAAUCUCUUCAGUCCAGAUCCCCAGGACUCUCCACUAAAGUAGGCCGAAGAGCAGCCAUGCACAUCACAGGGCCCACCCUGGUUACUGUGCCCCUGCAUAUCACCUCUAACCUAGCAUUAGGGGUGCUGCAAGGGGGCGGUGGCAACAGGGUCAUCCAUCGUGGCAGGGAUAAGGACGGAGGCGACAGGGUGGAAGGUAAGGAGGGAGGAGAGAAGGUGGAGAGCAAGGAGAGCAGAGCGAUGGAAAGGAAGGUGGAAGAAGGCAGAAAGGUUCAGGAAGAGGAGAAGAAUUGCAGUGGGAAAGUGACGGACAGGGAAGGAGUCGAGGAUGCGGAAGGGAAGGCAGGGGUAGGCGGUGGUGGGGAGGAAGAAGGUGAAGUAAAGAAAGAGGAGGAUAAGGAGGAAGAGGAGGAGGUCAGAGAAGGACGUACAUGGAAGCCGGAGGUGGUGAUGGGAGGUCAAGAUGCUGAGGAAGAUAAUGAUGAAGAUGCUGUGGAUGAUGACAAGGAUGUCGAUUAUGACUACAUAGACAUGAAAGGGGUGAAGCCAGCUGAUUUACAGCCAGCGGUGACUCAGUGUGUUGAUGCCUCUGUGUUUGACGCUUCCGACAUCCUCAACUCAACUGAAGUGGAGGAGGAUGACCAGGGGCUGUCUGGCUACGUUCAAGAUAACUUUGAUUUCCUGGACCAAAUGGACUGCAGCGCCCAGGACCAUAUGGACUGCAGUGUCAACUACCAGGUGAGCGAGUUCUCUGUUGAACCUCCUGGCUACUCAGAUGAUGAGUAUGAAGUUAUGGCGCAAGGUCAGCCUUCCCAUCGUCCUGCAGCGCUACAGAUGUACCUGCAAGCGGACCCUGAAACACACACCCAGAGUCAGACACAGUUAAAUCCACACAGGCCACUCAGCCUCGACAUAAACAGCCGACACACUAAAUCCCUCAGCUUGCCUUACAUGACCUCACCUGUCCGCGGACCAGAGGAUUCGGGCUCUGAAGAGGAGGAUGCAGGGGACGACAGUGAUGAUAACAUUUACAGUAGUGACGACGACGAUGACAGCAUGUUUGUUAAAAGCCUCCCCCCUGAUUUCUUUUUAAGCAAUUUGACUGACUUUGAACCAGACACUGAUAAACAAGACUGUUGCACCCAUGAUGGAGUACCUAUAACUCAAUUACAGAGCUCUGAGGAAAGAGAAUGCCAGUCGCUAAACCUUGAAUUUUCUGCAUGUAAAGAAUCAACUGCUGGAGAGCGAGAGCAGGUAGAAGUGAAAGAUAAAGAAGAUAUAGAUGGACUGGAUGAAAAGGAGACAACAAAGAAGGAAGACGUGGAAAACAAUAGGCAAAGCAAAGCAACAGACGAAGACUGCAGUGUCAUGGAAGAUACUCCAAGUGACAAAGAACAACCUCCCACCUCAGAAGCAUCAACGCACUGCUUUGCUGAGCAUCCGCUGACGGGCAACGAUGAAUCAAGCGCAAUGGCUGACAUUACGGUCGAGGAGGAGAAGGAAGCGGUUGAUAAUCCUGACGGUGAUUAUCCACCUUGUGAUGGGGUUUCUUGUGGCACGUGGAAAGAAAGAGACAAUGAUGAGGGAGAGGAUGAAUGCAAAGAGACAGAGGACACAGAAAUGGUUCUGGAAAUGAAAGAAAGUGAUGCUGACAUGGGGGAAGAAACCACAGAGGAGGCCAAUGAAGUGUCAGCUGACCAAGAACAUGCAGAAAAGAUGCAGGAAGGUGGCGAAGAGCAGGAUAGUGCAUUUUGUGGGACAAGCAGCGAAGUCUGGAAUGAACUUGAGGAUGUUAUAUGUGAGGUGAUAGAGGAUGAGGAAAGUAAGCGUGUUCAGAAGAAGGGCGCAAGAGAAAGUGUUGCUGGGGAGGGAGAUACGCUCAAAGAAGUCAAUGGAGAGGAGGAAGAUCAGAUAGAAAAUGUUUCAGGAGAGAAAAUGGUGGAAGUUGAAGAAGGAGGGACAAACAAGGCAGAGGUUGGAGUAGAAGUAGUGGAGGAAUCAAUGGAGACAACUGAAGAUAUGCACGCAGAUCCGGAGAUGCAGCAAGAGUUUGAUGAGAAAGAGACAAACUUACCAAAUACAAGUGAACUAGAUGAAGCAAUUCAAGGGAAACACGGCAUCUGCAACGAAGCACAGCGACACGACAGUGGAGAGGUGGUUUCAAAAGAAAAAGAGAACAGUGACAAAGAGAGAGCUGAUGAGCAGCGAAGAACAACUGAAAUAAAUAAACAACUGAAAGAGGUCAGGUCUGAUAUGAAGGAAUUGACAGAGGACAGAAAGUGUGAGGAAAGUGACAGCAGCCAAGGAGGGGUAGGAAGGAAGCUGGUCAUCUCCAAACAUCCGAAGGUUUACCAAGUAAAAGCAGUGCCGGUCGUGCCUCCGAAGCCGCAGCACUGCAGAUUCACCGCAUUGAGCCUCCGAAAUCAGCAGCAGCAGAAAGACAGAAGAGACGCCGACAGAGGGAGGGAAAACACGCUGAAGGCCCCGACAGAGCAGGACAAAGAACACGGGGAUAAAGACGAGGACGGCGAGGACGAGGCCAGUGGGAAAAGGGAGAAGCCAACACUCAGGGGAGGGGAGAAAGAAAGGGACAAGAGGAGGGAUGGGGAUGAAAGUGCCACAAACAGAAACAGUCCCCUCAGCAUGUGUUUUGAUGAGGCCGUUGCCAAAGCAACCAUGAGGCGAGAAAAAGAGAAAGAGUGCGAGAAGGAGAGGCAGAGAGAUUGGGGAAGUGAAGUAGAGAUGUCUUUCCCCUCCUCAUUUGGUGCGCAGGCCGCAGCCAUCAUGGAUGUGUUAGCGAAAGCUGCGGUAGCCGAAAUAACGAAGCUGGUGGAGGACGGGACUGUGGUUCUGCACCUGGAGAUGUGUCGGAGGGACAGCGAGAUUCAGGAACUCAAAAGAAGUUUGAAGCUGAUGGAGGUUGAACUCUGCAAAGCUCAAGAAGCAGCCACGACCCGAGCUACAGAGGACAAACAGGAGCGAACAGCAGCCGCGAAUCAGGUCCCCCGAAAAGACAAAGAAGAAGAUCCGGAAACAUGUGCAGUGUAUCUGAAACCAAAGGCUGCUGAUUCACUCUGCGAACCACAACAUGGAACAGAGGAGAACUGUGACAUGAGGCCAGCGGUGAAACACGAACCGGCGGAUGAACUUGCCACCCAGGAAACAACAGACAGCACCGGAACAUUUGACAUUUGCUUUGAGGCGGUAGAGCGAGACGACCCAAUCUGGCCUCCUCCUGCUUGUAGCAUGUUUGAGAAAGGCUCUGUUGCACUGCAGCAGCACACACAGAUUUUCACCCCUCAUCCUGAGCAAUAUGCUGCUCAUAGAAAUACAGAAAGUUCCUAUAACUCUUCAACUGAAACUGCAGACGAUUCCUUAAGUUUGCCGAUAAAAGUAGAGGUAGAGAUUCGACCUAUGUGCAUGGCAAGUACCACUUCAGAGUAUGCUCCUAAUGAACUGUUCACACAUGCUUCGCACCCUGCAGUCAAUCAGAACCAGUGCUUGCAGUCUGCUCCGCAACAGGCUGGGUCGUCGCUAGCCUCGCUGCAUGCGCAGAGGUCCACGGCAGAUACGUUAGGACCGAACACAGAAGGUCACAUCCUCAGCAGGAACAACCCGAGAGCAAAAAGGCUAAUGACCGUUUGGAGAACAAAUCAAAGACUGUUCAUCUGCUCGGUCUGCAACAAGGGUUUCCCCCGCCUCUCCCAGCUGGAAGAGCACAAGGCCACCCACCAACCCUUUAAGCCUUUCAGGUGCCUCGAGUGCGGGAAGUCUUUCACCCAGAAGACCCGGCUGAAGACGCACCAAAGUGUGCACACGGGUGAAAGGCCAUUUAGUUGCAAAAUCUGCGGCAAGAUGUUUUCGAGGCAGGACAAUUGCUUGAGACACGAGCGGUUCCACAGUGGCCUGAAGCCGUACAGCUGUGGGCAGUGUGGUAAAAGCUUCACGGUGCUGGGUAACCUCAAAAUACAUCAAGAGAUUCACCUGCAGGGGAGCGUUGCUCUGCGGGCUCAGAUUGCCUCCGUAAUCGACGCCUUGUCCAAAGCAGCCGUGGCAGAAAUCGCCAAAGUUGUGGAAGAUGGCAUGGUGGUGCUGCGGCUGGAAAUGUGUCAGCGGGAAAAUGACAUCAAGAAGCUGAAGAGCAACAUCGAGGUUCUGCACAGCGAGCUGAGAUCAGCGCAGCAGAGAGCGACCCUGCGACCCGACAAGAGAGAUGGUGAGAUGGACCUGACACAGACGGACCUAAGGGCCUUGUGGAGCCAGACACUGGACAAAGCAACAGACGAAGACUGCAGUGUCAUGGAAGAUACUCCAAGUGACAAAGAACAACCUCCCACCUCAGAAGCAUCAACGCACUGCUUUGCUGAGCAUCCGCUGACGGGCAACGAUGAAUCAAGCGCAAUGGCUGACAUUACGGUCGAGGAGGAGAAGGAAGCGGUUGAUAAUCCUGACGGUGAUUAUCCACCUUGUGAUGGGGUUUCUUGUGGCACGUGGAAAGAAAGAGACAAUGAUGAGGGAGAGGAUGAAUGCAAAGAGACAGAGGACACAGAAAUGGUUCUGGAAAUGAAAGAAAGUGAUGCUGACAUGGGGGAAGAAACCACAGAGGAGGCCAAUGAAGUGUCAGCUGACCAAGAACAUGCAGAAAAGAUGCAGGAAGGUGGCGAAGAGCAGGAUAGUGCAUUUUGUGGGACAAGCAGCGAAGUCUGGAAUGAACUUGAGGAUGUUAUAUGUGAGGUGAUAGAGGAUGAGGAAAGUAAGCGUGUUCAGAAGAAGGGCGCAAGAGAAAGUGUUGCUGGGGAGGGAGAUACGCUCAAAGAAGUCAAUGGAGAGGAGGAAGAUCAGAUAGAAAAUGUUUCAGGAGAGAAAAUGGUGGAAGUUGAAGAAGGAGGGACAAACAAGGCAGAGGUUGGAGUAGAAGUAGUGGAGGAAUCAAUGGAGACAACUGAAGAUAUGCACGCAGAUCCGGAGAUGCAGCAAGAGUUUGAUGAGAAAGAGACAAACUUACCAAAUACAAGUGAACUAGAUGAAGCAAUUCAAGGGAAACACGGCAUCUGCAACGAAGCACAGCGACACGACAGUGGAGAGGUGGUUUCAAAAGAAAAAGAGAACAGUGACAAAGAGAGAGCUGAUGAGCAGCGAAGAACAACUGAAAUAAAUAAACAACUGAAAGAGGUCAGGUCUGAUAUGAAGGAAUUGACAGAGGACAGAAAGUGUGAGGAAAGUGACAGCAGCCAAGGAGGGGUAGGAAGGAAGCUGGUCAUCUCCAAACAUCCGAAGGUUUACCAAGUAAAAGCAGUGCCGGUCGUGCCUCCGAAGCCGCAGCACUGCAGAUUCACCGCAUUGAGCCUCCGAAAUCAGCAGCAGCAGAAAGACAGAAGAGACGCCGACAGAGGGAGGGAAAACACGCUGAAGGCCCCGACAGAGCAGGACAAAGAACACGGGGAUAAAGACGAGGACGGCGAGGACGAGGCCAGUGGGAAAAGGGAGAAGCCAACACUCAGGGGAGGGGAGAAAGAAAGGGACAAGAGGAGGGAUGGGGAUGAAAGUGCCACAAACAGAAACAGUCCCCUCAGCAUGUGUUUUGAUGAGGCCGUUGCCAAAGCAACCAUGAGGCGAGAAAAAGAAAGAGUGCGAGAAGGAGAGGCAGAGAGAUUGGGGAAGUGAAGUAGAGUGAAGGUUUGUUUUGUUUGUAUAUUGAUUUAAACUGAUUUGACUGUACAAACUAUUUUUCUAGGUGUAGCAUCAAUGGCUGUAUUUUUCCUGUACUGACUGAGGAUUUUCUUUCAGUUUAAAUUACAACCACAGUAUUGUCAUCGCAAUGCUACUAAAGAUGUGUUAGGUGUUUUUUUUCAGCCAUGCACAAACUUAAUGUGCAGCCAGGAAACGAAAUGGGUUUUUGAAGGUAUUAUUUGGAGGGACAGAGAGACAUUGGAAGCUGACAGGAAGUGAGGGACGUGAUCCUCGGCCAAACUCAAACCGUAGACGAUGCAACGACUGGGUCAGUGUUAAACCCCUAGGUCACCAGGACGCCACGUCAGGUAGCUAAUAAAUGAAUAGCUGCAAUUGUGCUAUCUGCUCUUUAAGUUAAACAAAACUGAAACUGAAAGCAAAGACACAGGUGAGAUUAAAGGUAUAGUGCUGCUGAAACAUGUUGAAGAAGAAAUGUUUGACAAUCAAUCUGAAUGAACUGGUGUUUUCUAUUUCAAGCCAGAACUUCUUUAUCUUCAUUAUUUUGGGUCUGUAAAACAAAACAUCCCACCAUUUGAUAAAUCAAUUUUGAUCCCCCAAAAUGGAAAAGCCUUAAAUCCAGCUCACUCCUGUUUGCACUAGUCUAAUUUUACAAUACUUUGUAAUUAUAUAAAGUAUAUGUUUGUCUGCAGUAUGUAUAAUAAACAGUUGGCAAGCAUGUAGCCUAGUUAAAUGGUAGAUUUUAAAGAGCAGGGAUGAUGAAUGGAAUGUAUCAUGAUAAAUAUAAUGUCUGCAAAAGUCACGUUUUUUUGUUGAUGUUGUGAAUAAAAAGAUGUUUCCAA